GAAAAAAUAACAUGGCGGAUGUGGAUAGCGAAGUGGAUUGUCUUCACAAAGAGUUACAGUGGGUGCUGAGGGAGGAGGUACACAAGGUGAUACAUGACGUACACUACACACUACAGGAGUGCAGUAAGAGAUUCCCUAUAAGAACCAGUGAAUAUUCUCAAGUAAAUCAAACUAAAGCUCAACGAAUUCUUUUGGCAAGUCCAAAUGGAACAGGAGACAUAAAGUGUAUGGUCACAUUAAGAGGAGACAGUAUAACCGAAGCGGAUAUUAACUUUAAACACAAGCAAGGCAAGGAGCACCAUGUCUUCAAGACAAGUAUUUCAGAAGGGUUUCCCUGGAAACUACAGCAGGUACAAGAUGCUGGAAACCAUCUAUGCAAUGCUCUCUCUAUCAUAGGCAGCAAGGACACAAACUACCGGUUCAAAACUGGACAAGAGGUCUUGUUGUUGUUGGAUGACUUGAUGAAAUGUUUACUGAAGUGCCGAGCCAGCCUGACGCUGCCAAAAAGGAAGUCACUAAGUGACCUUGUAAACAAUAGAAAUAUGCAAUGCUUUAAACCAUUAGUGCCAAAUGAUGUAGCCCUGUCAUUCUACAUCCACUCGUCAAAACUCAUCUUGGCGAUGUACAAUCUCCACCAUGGGCAGAACAAGGUGGAGAUCACAUCCAGAUAUCAGGUGGAAACUGUGGUCCAGUGGUUAAAUGAGACAAUUGUCUUCUUUACACUGGCAUUGCAGCAGUGUCAACAACUUAAGGACAAGAUAUCUAUUCUCUGUGGACAUGAUGGAAUUUCAUAGUAUUUGUCUCUAAAUCAUUGGCAAAAAAGAAAUGUUUGUGUUGAGGAUAUAACAUCUGGAGUACAUGCACCAUAUCAGUGGCUGCUAGAAUUGAGUAAUUCUAUAUUUCAAAGUUAGUGUAAUUGUAACUGCAACGAAUGUAUAGUCACACCCAUCUGUAAAGGUAACCUGAAGGGCAUUUUAAAAUGUGGCCUUUGUGAGCAGUUAAUCUUUCUAUGGAGAUAAAUGCAUUGUCUCUAUGUAGAAGAGCAUUUUAUAAUAUAAACAUACAUUUAUAGAAGGAACACUUCUCAUGUAUCUUUUUAUUUGACAUUGUACGUGCAUCAUAUGCAGUAGGGACACAGGUCAUGUACUCUUCAUAAAGAGGUAGUUUUAUAAGAUUUCCUUUAUAGAAGGUUAGACUGCGAGACCUGUUUAUUGAGGUCAGUUAACUGGCAUUUAAAAAUGUGGCCUUUGUGGGCAGUCUAUCUUAUGGUUAUGAACUUCUUGCCUUUAUAUCAGUAGAAUGAACAGCUCCCAGUUACACUAUUAACUUACAGAGUGAUGACGAUAAAAUGGGAUGCAAUGAGUAACAGAUUUGAAUGCAUAUUAAAGGAAUUGGAUGGAGUGAGAUGUUUAAGAUAUUUAGUACAGUUGUAAUUGAUCAUACUGACAAAUGUGUGUUUUGUAGAUGAUACAGCCACAGUGUGCUAUUAUGUUGUGUUCUAAUUGUAUAUAGUGUGUACCACAAUUACCAUAUUUUAUAGGAUAAAUGGCCAGAUUUGUUUUAUUACAUAAAUUGUAAUUGAAGACCAAAUACAGUGGGUUUUUUAGAAGAAAGAGAAAUAUACUUCACUGGAUAAAUAAUAUAGUCAAUUGUAAUAGUCACAAAAUACAUAUCAGUUUAAUAUGGCCUGACUGUACUUUCACCUACUUGGAUAAAGUAUGCUUGUCCUCCAUGAACAGAUGGCUGUUAUAUACAGUGUCCUUUAUAAUCAGUUUUACUGUGUACUUUGGUAAAUAAUUAAUUAUCAUGUCAACAUAGAUGUAAUUUGUAUAUGUUUAGUGUGUUCCCCAAUACUGAUAAUAACAACUGGAAAGUAUUUUUUAAAAUUUGUUUUGAAUUCUUUCGUGAUUGCUAGAAGUCAAAUUUCUUGUAAUUAUUAAUGUUCUAAGAGUGUUAUAUGAACAUUUGUUUUGUUUCAUAUAUUUAUUUAAAAAAAAAAAAAAAAUCCAUGACUAAUAUUAUUAGAGAAGUACCUGUAGUACAAUGUUUGACACCAAGUGGUGGAAUUUAAAGAAGAAAACAUUUAUAGUUUGAUUACUGCACAUAGGAUUGCUAGGGAUCACCUUACAUGUAUAUAAAAAGUAUGUGAGAUUGUGUUUUCAUUAUUAAAGGGACAUUUCUGAGUUUGCUGCACUUUGUAAGAUGUUAUCGACCAACUGAGACUUUUUAACGAUU